AUGUUAAGGGAAAAAGUUUUGCUAAAAGUUGAGUAAUUGCAAAAAAAGUAAAGAGAAGAUAAAUUUUAAGUUAAUUAAUUAUUACAUAUUUUAUAGUUAAAAAGAAGAUUCAAUAUUCCCAUUCAAUAAGUUUUAGAUGAAAUAAAAUAGGAUUAAAGUCUAAUUAUUGAUUUGUUAUACAGUAAUCAUAAAUUGACAGAAAAAGCGUAUAAAUGACAUGUAUUUAGACCAAAUUAUGGAAUUAUUGAUUGUUUACUUAGUAAUUGCAAUUCCAACUCAGCAUGUCUAUAAUUAUUAGCCCUAAUUAUUUUGAGGUUUUAUAUAAAAUAAUUUUAAAUUAGAGACAAAAAUUAAGUAGUUUUGGAGUACCUUCAAGAUAAAGAAAUUACUUGUUAAAUGAUUAAGUAAAUUAUUUUAAGAAUUAAAAAUUGA